CUCCGAUUGGCCGGAUUGACUUUACAAUCCUCUCUUGUUUCCAAGCUCAGCGCAGGCAGAGCUCUUCUCCUCCCCAACACCCGCAGGAGCAGGACACAGAGGAGGCGCAGGCAGAGCUCUUCUCCUCCCCAACACCGGCAGGACCAGGACGCAGAGGAGGCGCAGGCAGAGUACUUCUCCUCCCCCGAACACCCGCAGGAGCAGGACGCAGAGGAGGCGCAGGCAGAGCUCUUCUCCUCCCCGAACACCAGGACGCAGAGGAGGCGCGCUGAGGGGCUGAAGUCAGAGAACUGUGCAGACUUCACCCAGACCAGGAACUCGAUCAGCAGAGCUAAGUUUCCUCUAGAUCUGCUCCUCGUUCUGGAUCACAGUGGAUGCAUGUCGGGACUGUUGGAUCGCUCGUCUUAGCAGCGUCGCGCUACAUUAAGUUUGUGUUGUGAAAAGAAACCAUGAAGUCUGCCUGUGGGUCCCUGUGGAGGCUGAUCCAGCUGACUCUCCUCAUGUCAUGCUGCAGAGCCUCAGAGUAUGAGUACCUCAGCUGGAAGUCGGACACGUAUGACGGCGGACACAGCUACGGAAAGCCUCCUCAGUGCGUGGACAUCCCGGAGGAUCUGCGGCUCUGUCACAACGUCGGCUACACUCAGAUGCUGCUGCCCAGCCUGCUGGAGCACGAAACCAUGGCCGAGGUUCGGCAGCAGGCCAACACCUGGGUGCCACUGGUGCACAAGAACUGCCAUCCGGGUACGCAGGUCUUCCUGUGCUCGCUGUUUGCCCCCGUGUGCCUGGAGCGGCCCAUCUAUCCGUGCCGCUGGCUGUGCGAGGCCGUGCGGGACGGCUGCACCCCCAUCAUGGCGGCUUUCGGCUUCCCGUGGCCAGAGAUGCUUACCUGUGAUAAAUUCCCACAAGACGAUGUGUGCAUCGCCAUGACGCAGCCCAACGCGACCGAGGCCACUCCGCCCACAGGUUACUCUCCCGUCUGCCCUCCAUGUGACAAUGAAAUGAAAACAGAUGCCAUGCUGGAGCACAUGUGUGCCAGCGAGUUCGCUUUCAAAACCAAGAUUAAAGAAGUGACCCGGGAAAACAUGGAUCGUAAGGUAGUCCUGCAGAAAAGAAAGAAGAUGGUGAAGACUGGGAACCUGAAGAAGAAGGACAUCAAGACCAUGGUGCUGUAUCUGAAAAACGGGGCCGACUGCCCCUGCCAACAGCUCGAUAACUUGGGAAACCAAUACCUAAUCAUGGGCCGCAAGGUAGACCAGCAGUACCUCCUCACAGGCAUACACAAGUGGGACAAGUCCAGCAAGGAGUUCAAGCAGACCCUGAAGAAACUCAAAACAUACAAGUGUCCUGUAUACGACAACGUUUUCAAAUAAAAGGUCCCAAGCCCCGCCCCCUCCUCAUAUGCAGAUACAUGCCAGGCGAGGGCGGGUAUGAAACUCUGAUAGUAUGAUAACCUGAAGCAAAAAUAUCACAUGUUCAUGUUCUAGCAAUGAAAGCUCUGAAACGUGUUCUUCUGAAAUCUCUAAAAAAAACAAGAGCGUUCUCCCCCGAUGAACACAACAAUAUUAUUUUAGAACAACAGAACAUUUGAAGCAGUAAACAAACACGUUCACUCAAAACAAAUAAACACAACUAUCAGUACAACUGAGAAUCAUCUUACAUUAGGCUAAAUGGAUUCUGUCAUUUCAAUAUUGAUGUACAAAGAAGUGUCCGGAAAAUCGCCCUCCCGGUCUCUGUGACGGUAUCUGACUUCCUGGUUAGCAUGGUGGCUAGCACAAACGAGCGGGCUAACUGACCUCUGAAGAGACACGAGGACAUCCUGUACCCUCGGACAUCCUGCUCGUCCUGUGUGACACUGUGACAUCUUCAACCAGGGCAAACCUUGACACCAGUAACUGGCCCAAGCCUGACACACACACACACACACACACACACACACACACACACACAAACACACACGCACACUGAAAGGUUUUCUUUUGUCCUCUGCCAAAGAAAAGAAUGUUUAAAGGAGUAGUUCCAUGUUUUCUGUAAUAAACUUACAUUUUUGCAGAGAAAAGGUUGUGAUGAUCUUAAUCUUUGGUGAAAGAUAAGACGAUCAUGUCUGACUGAAGAUGAAACAGCUGAUGUGUGUUGGCCUUUAUUGCUAUUUACAUUCUAUUCUUUUUAUAAAGUCACAGAACGAAGCGUAAUGUGUGCAGCUGGUGUCUUUAUUGAUGUAGUUAGAUUCUUUUUUGUUCAUACUCUCUGUAGGCUAACACUCUGCUGGCUUUAGUAUUAUACUUAGUAUAACCUUCAGACACGAGAGGGGCAUCCGUCUGCCCAUUUUACUCCAGGAAGAAGAAUGUGUAAUGAUUGUUUUGUUUCUUCCUGUCAUACAGUGAGAGACGACAGAGUGAAUACAGAGAACAGCAGCUCCUCUGAGAUUGAUGUAUACAUAAUGAAUGAUUGGAAACAGUGCUAUAAUCUGAGCUUAUUGUGCCGUCAGACUUCAAACUGAAAGCACUGCUUCUGCAGUCCUUUUAUUUAUUUAUGUUCUUAUUUUCACUUUAUUACCUGAGAAGUCUUAGUAGAACCAUAACCACCAGUUUAUAGUUGAGUUCACAUUUAGGCCAGUGCAGCAGCACUGUUCUGUAAACCAGGGGUUCCCAAAAUGUGGGUCGGGACCCCCUGGGAGGUCGCGAGACACAAAUGGGGGGUUGUGAGAUGUCUUCAAGUCCAUUACAGUAAAAAAUAUCCACAGAAAUAGUAGCUAAACUCGAAAAUAGAAAGUGUAAUGAGUUUUCUGCCUUUCUUUGUUUCCUGAUGACUCCUAAGUUUAGGGUUAGUGAACAGUUAAUUAUCAAAAGCAUCAGUAGCAGCAGGUUCAUUCAUAACAGCAGAGGAAACACAGACACAUGCUCAUAUAGGUAGGGUCAUUUUCUGCAGACCAGCUAAAUGAAGACACAUUAAAUCACUUUGAGGGACAGUGGGGGUCACAAGUCUUUGGCAUCUAUAUUUUGGGGUUGCGGGCUGAACAGUUUGGGAACCCCUGAUCUAAACUGAUGCAUUGUUUAUCUGUUCCUGUUUCUAUACAACCAUAAACUUCAGUUCUCAGUGCUCAUAGAAACAUCUUUACACACGUUGAUAUGUGUUCGUUGAUCUUCUAACAUCACUUGUUUCAGAUUUGAGUGUCACUGGUGCAUUGCUGCAUGUACAUACACAUGUUACAUACAUGUACAAACUAACAGUGUUAUUGUUCAGUUUUAUAAUAGGUUACACUCAACAAUGUAACACAGUGAUGACUCCUUGUGUCUAAACCACGGUAACUGCUCCAGUUUUUCAAUGUAAUCACUAUUUUAAACUCCAGACUGAGAUUGUAACUAGUUUUCUAAUUCUGUAUUCAUUAAAUACUUUAUACUGUGCAAACCUUCA